AUGCAUUUUACUUUCUCCUACUGUGUGGUGGGUACUUUAAAUGCGGUGGCGCCCCUGAGGUCCAGUUCUCCCAGUCGAUCUUGUAUUUGUACUUUACAGGCGAUGAGGUUGACAUCCCUUCUUUUGGGUCACUUCAUUCCCUAUAAACGCGUGCCGGGUUCUUUGUGGGCUGGAAAACAGAGAAAAAUACCUCGAUUGACUGCCUCGCGUAAGGCUGCUUUCAUGGAUGAGCUGCUUUUGACCCAACAAAAUGAACGCUACCUCUCCAGGCCCUUUCUUAGCCAGGAGGCAGAAGCUACAACACUACCCGCCGAAAAGGCGAAAGAACUGGCGAGGGAGAAUGAAGUAUUUUACAAAAUUUACGAGGAGAAAUUUCGGAUCCGAUUUCCCAACCGCAAAUUGGAGGACUUUUGGUCGCAUCUCAAUAACUGUAAGAAAUUUGAUAUUUGA